AUGCCCAUCACCCAGGACAAUGCUGGGCUGCACCUGCCCCUCCUCUACCAGUGGCUGCAGAACAGCCUGCGGGAGGGCGGGGCCGGGCCGGAGCAGCGCCUCUGCCAGGCGGCCAUCCGGAAGCUUCAGGAGUACAUCCAGCUGAACUUUGCUGUGGACGAGAGUGUGGUCCCACCUGACCACAGCCCCCCGGGGAUGGAGAUCUGUACUGUGUACCUCACCAAGGAGCUGGGGGACGCAGAGACUGUGGGCCUCAGUUUUGGGAACAUCCCUGUUUUCGGGGACUAUGGAGAAAAGCGCAGAGGGGGCAAGAAGAGGAAAACCCACCAGGGCCCCGUGCUGGAUGUGGGCUGCAUCUGGGUGACAGAGCUGAGGAAGAACAGCCCGGCAGGGAAGAGUGGGAAAGUCCGACUGCGGGAUGAGAUCCUCUCCCUGAAUGGGCAGCUGAUGGUCGGAGUUGAUGUCACUGGGGCCAGUUACCUGGCUGAGCAGUGCUGGAAUGGCGGCUUCAUCUACCUGAUCAUGCUGCGCCGCUUCAAGCACCAAGUCCAUUCUCCUUAUAACGGCAACAGUAGCAACAGCUCCGAACCAGGAGAGACGCCUACCUUGGAGCUGGGGGACCGAGCUGUGAAAAAGGGGAAAAGAGCAAGAAAGUUUGGGGUUAUUGCCAGGCCUUCUACCCACAAAGCCACUGAAGAAUCCAAGAGCAGCACUGGCUGUGAGUUGGACAGUGACCCUGUGUCUGAACUAGACAAUGGCCUGGACCCUGAACUGGGAAACGGUCAUAUUUUUGAGCUAGAAAAUGGCCCAGAUCCGCUCAAGGAGGUGGCUGGAUCCCAUCUAGAGAGGUCGGAAUUGGACAAAGGGACGGAGCCUAGGAUUGCAAAGACGGACGGCCCUCUGCCCACAAGCAAUGACAGACGCCGCUUCUCAAAAUCUGGGAAGACAGACUUCCAAUCCAGCGACUGCCUGGCACGGGAGGAAGUUGGCCGGAUAUGGAAGAUGGAGCUGCUUAAAGAAUCGGAUGGGCUGGGAAUUCAGGUUAGUGGAGGCCGAGGAUCAAAGCGCUCACCUCACGCUAUCGUUGUCACCCAAGUGAAGGAAGGAGGUGCCGCUCACAGGGAUGGCAGACUGUCCUUAGGAGAUGAGCUGCUGGUAAUCAAUGGUCACUUACUAGUCGGGCUGUCCCACGAGGAAGCUGUGGCCAUCCUCCGCUCAGCCACCGGAGUGGUUCAGCUGGUGGUGGCCAGCAAGGAAAGCUCUGCAGAGGACCUCCUCAGGCUAACAUCUAAGAGUUUGCCUGAUCUGACCAGUUCGGUAGAGGACGUGUCCUCUUGGACCGACAACGAAGACCAGGAGCCAGACGGGGACGAGGACGAAGGAACCGGAUCGUCUUCCGUCCAGGGAGCAAUGCCUAGGACAGAGGACCCCCAAGAUGCAUGCGGUCCAGAGGAAUCCAAGGGGCCCUUAGAAAGUCCGAAACAAGGAAGCAGUAAAAUGAAGCUCAAGAGUCGUCUUUCAGGGGGCGUGCACCGUCUAGAGUCUGUUGAAGAAUAUAAUGAGCUGAUGCUGAGAAAUGGGGACCCCCGGGCCAGGAUGUUGGAGGUCUCCCGAGAUGGCCGGAAGCACUCUCUCCCCCAGCUCCUGGACUCGACGGGCACGGCACAGGAAUACCACAUUGUGAAGAAGUCCACUCGCUCGCUGAGCACUACUCAGGUGGAAUCUCCUUGGAGACUCAUUCGGCCUUCGGUCAUCUCUAUCAUUGGCCUGUACAAAGAAAAGGGCAAGGGCCUCGGCUUUAGCAUUGCUGGAGGUCGAGACUGCAUUCGAGGACAGAUGGGGAUUUUUGUCAAGACCAUUUUCCCAAAUGGAUCAGCUGCAGAGGAUGGAAGACUUAAAGAAGGGGAUGAAAUCCUAGAUGUAAAUGGAAUACCAAUCAAGGGCCUGACAUUUCAAGAAGCCAUUCAUACCUUUAAGCAAAUCCGGAGUGGAUUAUUUGUCUUAACAGUACGCACCAAGUUACUGAGCCCGAGCCUCACACCCUGCUCCACACCCACACACAUGAGCAGAUCCAGCUCCCCAAACUUCAACACCAGUGGGGGAACCUCAGCGGUGGGUGCGGAUGAAGGCAGUUCUUCGUCCCUGGGACGAAAGGCCCCGGGGCCAAAGGACAGAAUUGUUAUGGAAGUAACCCUCAACAAAGAGCCCAGAGUUGGAUUAGGCAUUGGUGCCUGCUGCCUGGCCCUAGAAAACAGCCCUCCGGGCAUCUACAUUCACAGCCUUGCCCCUGGAUCAGUGGCCAAGAUGGAGAGCAAUCUGAGCCGCGGAGAUCAAAUCCUGGAAGUGAACUCCGUCAACGUCCGCCAUGCUGCUUUGAGCAAAGUCCACGCCAUCUUGAGCAAAUGCCCCCCAGGACCCGUUCGCCUGGUCAUCGGCCGGCACCCUAAUCCAAAGGUUUCCGAGCAGGAAAUGGAUGAAGUGAUAGCACGCAGCACUUAUCAGGAGAGCAAAGAGGCCAAUUCCUCUCCUGGCUUAGGUACCCCCCUGAAGAGUCCUUCUCUUGCAAAAAAGGACUCCCUGAUCUCUGAAUCUGAACUCUCCCAGUACUUUGCUCACGAUGUCCCAGGCCCGCUGUCUGACUUCGUGGUGGCCGGCUCUGAGGAUGAGGAUCCCCCUGGAAGUGGCUGCAGCAGCUCCAUGGAGCUGCCUGGCGCCUCUCCUCACAAGGAACCAGGAAAAGCCAGGGCCAACAGCCUUGUGACUCUAGGAAGUCAGCGGGCCUCUGGGCUCUUCCACAAGCAGGUGACAAUUGCCAGGCAAGCCAGUCUUCCCGGGAGCCCACAGGUCCUCCGAAACCCUCUCCUCCGCCAGAGGAGGGUGGGCUGCUACGAUGACGACGCCAGCGAUGAGGAAGAGUUUGAUGGCGAAGGGGACUGCAUUUCCCUCCCGGGGACCCUCUCAGGUCCCAGCAGGCCUCUGACAGAGGACAACUCUACAUGCGUCCCAGCGGCCUCUUCCAAGGUCACGGGAAUCAACCGAGAGGAACAUCCCCAGAAAACCCUGGUCAGCAAGGCCUCCUCGGUGCCUCUCCUUGGCAGCUCACUGGACUUACAGGAGAGUGUCCCAGGAGGCGUGGGGGACACCCUUUUACAUGCAGCCAACCCGCUGGUCCCUUCAGAGGCCCCCGAGGGUAGCCCUGGCUGCCUGGGGAGGAAGGAGCUUUCAGGAUCGAGGAGUUCACCCAAGUUGGAGUGCAAAGCCGGAUCAGGCGCCCAGAGUCUGGCAAGCACGGACAGCCCCAGUUCCCUGCAGCAGAAGAAUGACAACCUGGGGUCCAGGCACAAACCAGUGGCCAGGGUCAGCCCACACCACAAGAGGCCUGAGGCUGAGGCCAGGCCCAGGAGCUCAGAAACAGCCAACCUGACCGAUGGAGCCAGUGACCCAUGUGGUCCGGACGUGAAAGUCCAGGCCACUUCCAUCAAAGUGGCUGUGACUGGUUAUCAGCCAGGAGGAACUGUGGAGAAGGACUCUCUGGGCAAGCUGAUCAUUGGGGAUGGACGAGCCCCCACCGACUGGGGGCCAGCUGAUACCCUGCCCCACCCAGAUGCUGGCCACCCCACAGAGAAGCCGCCUGAAGCUGCACCCGAGCAGGGGCAAGAGCCCGGAACAGGACCCCACGGCUCCCCGGGCCCCCUCCCUUCCCCAGGGCAGAAGGGGGCGGUGCACCCUGACCCCAGCAAGACCUCAGCGCACGCAGGGCCAGCGAGGCGACCCGAGGACCCCGGAGAGACAGCGUCACCCAGGGUGCCUGAGUCUGAGGACAGUGCAUCCCCGGGGACGAUGGCUACAGCUCAUCCUGACCUCAGCGAGCCCGGAGCGGCCCCAGAAGCCAGCUCGCCCCGCGCCACCCGGAAGGCCGCUGCGCACAGCGGAGCGGGACCCGCGGCCGAGGGGGCAUCUCCGGCCACUGCCGUGCUGUCACGAGACCUCACGACCCUGGAGAAGAGACAGGGGGUUCCGGGUCACCACAGCGAGGCUCUGCAAACCACGGGAACCCUCGUGCCUGGAAACUGCGGGGGGUCAGCUCUGCCCCAAGGAACAGACUCUGGGUCUGCAGGGGCGCUGCGGGCCGGCCCCUCCCUGCCGUCACCGAGUGACAAGGCCCCGGAGGGGUGUGGCGGUGCCUCGGGGCCCGGCUGCCCCGGGGGCAGCGGGAGCAGCCCCGUGACUGACAUCGACAGGCUCCUGGAGGAGCUGGAUGCUUCUGGAGCAAGGCUUCCGCCUCCCGGGAAAGGGGCCCGGCUGAGCCGGGAGCGCGCUGCCCCGGGGCCGCAGCGGGCCGAGCCGGACCCGGACUCGGGGAGCCAGGCCCCCGGCCCGAGGAGGCCCGCGGCUGCCGGUCCAGCCCCUUGCCCCCAGUGGGCCCACCAGCCUUCGGUUUUGGAUUCCAUCAAUCCCGACAGACAUUUUACUGUGAACAAAAGCUUUCUGAGCAGCUACUCUAGAAACCUCAGCAGCCUCCACGAAGACAGUACGUCGCUGUCGGGCCUGGGCGACAGCACGGAGCCGUCCCUCUCGUCCAUGUACGGAGAUGCCGAGGACUCGUCUUCGGACCCCGAGUCGCUCACUGAAGCCCCACGAGCUCCCGCCAGGGACAGCUGGUCCCGUCCUCGUCCUCGUGGGGCUCCUCACAAGGGAGACACGACGGAGUCUGAGGAAGAGCAGGUUGAAAUCUGUGCCACGAAUGGCCCCCCCGAUCCACCCGCAGCCAGCGCUCCUGCCCAGGGGGCCGCCUGCCCUGCCUUCGCCAAAGCCCUGCCACCGAAGCACGGAGCCCUAAGCCAGGCGGGGGACGACGCCGGGGACGCCGCCGCCUCCGCGCCGGGAGCCUUGGGCCCAGCAGCCCCCGCCCCUCCACGGCUGCCUCUUCCCUCGGACGCGAGCUGUCGGGAGCCGGAGACGCCCGAGGCUGCACGGGCUGCCGAGGACCCCGGGGAAGCCGCCCAGCCUCCGCCCAGCCCCAGGCCUGUCCCCGGCCCCCCGGGCACCCUCAGCUCUCCUAACAUGGUGAAUGGUUUGGAGCAUGACUGGCUGGAUGACAAGACCCCGCCUGAAGAACAGGAAAGAAAUGUUCACGCCACUGGAAACCGGGGCGCCCUCAGGGCGUGCGUCCCCGAGAACAGAGACCUGGCCCUGGCAAAGCUGCACAUCUCCGAAGUUCAAGACCCAGACGACUUGCUGCCAAAGUCGAAACCCAUCUCCAGGCGGCCCAUCAUGGCCUGGUUUAAAGAGAUAAAUAAAAGCAACCAAGGGACGCCUCCCCAGAGCAAAAGUGAAACGGAACAACCCACGAUGCCGGCCAGAAGGCCCGACCCCAAGGAUCAGGCGCUGAGCUCCAGCCACAAGAAGGGGGUGGCUGUACGGGAUAGCCCCCCUCCUCGGCUGAGUCUUGAGAAUAAAGACCUGCCCAAGAAAAGUUCCAUGGAAACCCUUCUGAGUACCUGUCAGAAACCCAAAGCCGGUCCUAAGCUGAAGAGACUGAGCAUCAAAAGCAAAAGCAAAGUCAGCUCCGAGGCCCCAGCCACUCACCCGGGGAAGGCCGGGGCGACAGAGCACAGGAAAGCCCUCGUGUCACCCCAGGCCUCCCACAAAAUGCUUUCUAAGGUGGCAUCACACCGGUUCCACACGGGUGACCAUGAAGAACCGGAGAGAAGUGCCGCAGCCGACCCCCAGCCUCCCCCGUGUGUUGAGGGCAAGCUGCCCCAGGGGACCCCAGGCUCCCUGAAGCCCUCGGCAUCCGACACCAGCAUCAGGAUGUUCAUUUCGCCCUUGACCUCCCCUAAGACCCUUCCUGAGCAAGGUGCGUGCAGUAGGCUCCACCCGGCUGUGCACUCAGAACCUGACCGAGGCUGCCCGGCUGCCCCCAGAUCUCCGAAGUGGGGUCCAGAGAGCAAGGCUCCCCCUGCGUCCCCUGGGCUGGUGAGUCCCAUGGCACCAAGGAGUGGCGCGCCCACAGCGGCCAGCAAGCGGGAGGUCCCCCCUACCGGGCAGGGCGAGCAGCCCCUGUCCAGCCAAACGGACUCAGCAGCAGAAGCCUCCCAGGCCGGAGGGACUGGUGACAAAAGAAGCAAAAUAAUUGCUGGUGAGCCCCUCGAAAGGACCAACCAGCUGAAAAUUAUUGAGAUCUCUUCUGAAAGGACGCCCAAGAAUGCGUAUGGUGACAAGCCAGCUGAAAGUGACAGACAGGGAGGGUUCCUGGCCCAGAGCACCUGUCAGGAGAAGAGUGAAUUCAGGUUCUGUCACCAGUCAGUGGACUCAUCCCCAAAUCACCCAUUCUCACGCACGUCUCGGGCCUCCCAGGUGGAGCAGGGAGCGCAGCAAUCUGUCAGCAGGGCGAAACAGACUUCCUCCUCCUCCCCGCAGCUGCGGGCUGAAAAGGCAGAUCCCUGCCAAGGAAAGUCAGACCACAGGGCAGACUCCCUGGGGAUGCCCAGGAACGGCACGACAGUGGGCCCGGCGCUGGGUGAGCAUCCCUACUUCACGCCAAGGCCAGCAACCAGGACCUACUCCAUGCCGGCCCAGUUCUCCAGCCAUUUCGGCCGGGAGGGUCAUGCCCUACACAGCCCAGGGCGCGCCCCCCGGGACAGCCAGAUCCCUGCCACCAGUGGGGCCCUUCUCGAGGCCAAGGCGUCCAGAGGCAGUGUUCUCAGCCUGGUUAAUGGACAGGGCGUGUAUAGCGUAAAGCCCCUGCUGGAGACCUCGAGGAACCUUCCAACAACAGACGAAGGGGAUGUCCUAUCAGUGCAGGAAACAGGCUGCCUACUCACAGACAAAAUCAAAGUCACCAGGAGAUAUUACUACUCUGAGCAGAACUGGCCCCAUGAAUCUACCUCAUUUUUCUCUGUGAAGCAAAGGAUCAAGUCUUUUGAGAACCUGGCCAAUUCUGACCGGCCCAUGGCCAAGUCCGGGGCCUCCCCCUUUCUGUCGGCAAGCUCCAAGCCUCCCAUUGUGAGGCGGUCUUCAGGCAGCGUGGCUUCCGGGAACCUCGGCCACUCCAGUGACCCAGCAGCAAGGUCGCUGAGACGCAGCCUGAGUUCCUGCAGUGAAAGCCAAGGUGAAGGCAGCACCCUCAUCCCCCCGAUGACCAAGUCCCCAUCCAGCAUGAUUCUGACAGCCUCCCGGCAGAGCCCGGUGGAGGCUGGUAACAAGGGCACUGACUCAGACCCGAAGCGAUCACUUGGUCCUUCGGGAAUCCCCACCCCAACGGUGACCCCAGCCUCUCCCGCCAAGAGAAACAAGUCCUCGGUGCGUCACACCCAGGCCUCACCUUUGUCCCGCUCGAAGCUCCAGGAGCUGAGAGCCCUGAGCAUGCCUGACCUCGACAAGCUCUGCAGCGAGGACUUCUCGGCUGGGCCGACUGCUGUGCUCUUCAAAACCGAGCUGGAAAUCGUCCCCCGGAGGUCACUUGGCUCCCCUGCUGGAGGCCUCCACGGGUCCACUGCCAUUUCAUGGCCCGUGAAGGGGGUGGACAGGGCCUGUCCAGGGGGAAGCAGCCCUAAAGCCACUGAGCCUGGGGCACCCAGUUCAGCCCACGAUGUGGGUGAGACCCCCCAGGAUCUGCCUUCCGGAAAAAGUUGGUCAGUUAAUUUGCAUCAACUCCUGGUCUCAGCGGGGGAUCAGCAAAGACUGCAGUCUGUUUUGUCAUCAGCGGGGUCAAAAUCUACUGUCCUCGCUCUCAUUCAGGAAGCGAAAGCACAAUCAGAGAAUAAAGAAGAUAUUUACUUCAUAGUCUUGAAUAAAAAAGAAGGCUCAGGUCUGGGAUUCAGUGUGGCAGGAGGGACAGAUGUGGAGCCAAAAUCAAUUGUGAUCCACAGGGUGUUUUCUCAGGGGGCAGCUUCUCAGGAAGGGACCGUGAGCCGAGGGGAUUUCCUUCUGUCAGUCAACGGCGCCUCAUUGGCUGGCUUAGCCCACGGGGAUGUCCAGAAGUUUCUGCACCAGGCACAGCUGUACAAAGACGUCCUCGUGGUCAUCAAGAAAGGGAGUGAGCGGCCCAGGCCCUCCAUCAGGCAGGAGCCUCCCGUGGCCAAUGGGAAGGGCUCACUGUCCAGAAAGACCAGCCCCCUGGAGCCUGGAUCAGGGAGAAGCACAGGUGCACACGAGGCUCUGUGUGUUGAAGUGCUGAAGACCUCGGCUGGGCUGGGACUGAGUCUGGAUGGAGGGAAAUCGUCUAUGUCUGGAGAUGGGCCCCUGUUCAUUAAAAGAGUGUACAAAGGUGGUGCUGCUGAGCAAGCGGGAACCAUAGAAGCUGGAGAUGAAAUUCUUGCCAUUAAUGGGAAAUCCCUGGUUGGGCUCAUGCACUUCGAUGCCUGGAAUAUUAUGAAGUCUGUCCCAGAGGGACCUGUGCAGUUAGUAAUUAGAAAGCACAGGAAUUCUUCAUGCAACAAGCACUGGUAG